GCCGCCCGUGCGCCUGCGAAAGUUUUUCGGCUCCCGCUGAAGGGCAGCGGAGCCCCCCACGCCCCUGCGCCCCACUCCGGCCGGGAGCCUUCACGUAAAUGGGUCCAGUCCUGCCUCCCAGUAAGAAGUCAGAAAGCUCAGGAAUUAGUGUCUCCAGUCGACUGAGUCAGUGUUACUGGGGCAGCGGUUUCUCCAAGGCCCUUCAAGAAGACGAUGCCCUCGACUUUCCUCUGCCUGACACCCGAUUAGAAGAGGGGACCAUGGAAGAUGAAGAGCUGACCAACCUGAACUGGCAGCACAAGAGCAAGAACUUGUUGAAGGGCUUUGGGGAGUCGGUCCUCAGGAGUGUCAACCCCGUCCAGGACCUGGAUGAUGACAGCCCUGUGUCCCCUGCCCACUCUGACAUGCCCUACAAUGCCAGGCAGAACCCAAACUGCAAACCCCCCUACUCUUUCAGCUGCCUCAAAUUUAUGGCCAUCAAGGACUCUCCAACCAAGCGCCUGCCAGUGAAGGAUAUCUACAACUGGAUCUUGGACCAUUUUCCAUGUUUUGCAAAUGCACCUACUGGGUGGAAAGCCCAGGACCUGACAAAUUCACUGCUGAAUUCCACCAAACAUGUAAAAAAGAAUGGGUGGAAAAACUCAGUGAGACACAAUUUGUCAUUGAAUAAGUGUCUUAAGAAAGUGGACAAGGAGAGGAGUCAAGAGUAUUGGGCACAUAUACACCAUGGAAUAUUAUGCUUUUUGGUUGGAGGCAUGGUUAGUGAGCGCCUGAAGGACAUGAAAAAAAGAUUGGCAGAUAGAGCCAAGAAGCAAGCGCAAACAGCGGGAGGUAAAGGAAGAGCACUGGGGAGUUCUGUGCAGUCCAGUUUGGCUGGAUGCUAG